UCAUGACUUCGAAGCGUAUUUGUUAAUAAAGUUGUUUGGGGGAAAAGGGUAAUGACGUCACCGGAAGUGAGGUGUGUGAUUCAGUUGCUAAGCUGCAGCCGAGCAGUAAACGGACCGUCGACAAGUUGCUGUCGCCGUCUCACCGGAUCAACUUUAAGCCGUCCGUCGGUGACCGACAGAUCGAGUGCUCCAUUUUAAACCAGGAGCUGAUGUCCGUCUCAUGAAUUAACCUCAGCCGGGGUCGUCAAACACAGCAGCCAGUCUCCCAGUAUGACCAGUAUGGCUGCCUCCAGCACAACCAAGAUCGCAUGGCGCCUUCAGGAGUUCGAGGCUCAAUCCAGCUCCAUUUCCUGUCUGGCUCUGGGGAAAAGCUCGGGCCGCCUGCUGGCCACAGGAGGAGAGGACUGCAGGGUCAACAUCUGGGCCGUCAGCAAGGCCAACUGCAUCAUGAGUCUGACUGGUCACAAGAACCCAGUGGAGUCUAUCCAUUUCAACGUGUCGGAGGAGCAGGUCGCCGCCGGGUCGCAGUCAGGUUCAAUACGAGUCUGGGACCUGGAGGCUGCCAAGAUUUUAAGGACUCUGAUGGGACACAAAGCCAACAUCACCAGCCUGGGCUUCCAUCCCUUUGGAGACUUCCUGGCCUCCAGCUCCAUGGACACAAACAUUAAGCUGUGGGACUUGCGGAGGAAAGGAUACGUGUUCAGAUAUAAGGGUCACACUCAGGCUGUGAGGAGUUUGGCCUUCAGUCCUGAUGGGAAGUGGUUAGCUUCAGCGAGCGACGACUGCACCGUCAAGCUGUGGGACCUGGCUCAGGGGAAAACCAUCACGGAAUUCAAAUCUCACACCGCCGCCGUCAACAUCGUCCAGUUCCACCCCAACGAGUACCUGCUGGCCUCCGGAAGCUCCGACAGGACCAUCAAGCUGUGGGAUCUGGAGAAGUUUACGAUGAUCGGCUCGUUGGAGGGCGACACGACUCCGGUCAGGUGUAUAUGUUUUAGCCCAGAUGGCUCCUGCCUGUACAGCGGCGCCACGGACUCGCUGCGGGUCUUCGGCUGGGAACCGGACCGCUGCUUUGACGCGGUGCCGGUGAGCUGGGGAAAGGUGUCUGACCUCGCCAUCUGCAACCAGCAGCUGAUCGGCGUGUCUCAUCAGCUGUCGAGUGUGUCGUCCUACGUGGUCGAUCUGAAGAGGGUAAAGAAGAGCGGUGGCGCCGUGAUCCAGGGGAUCAUCCAGGACGACCAGCCGCUCACAGAGCCGAAGAAGGACCCCAAAGGAGCGGCACUGCGAAAGAACUACGAGAGACCCACGACCACCUGCAGAUCGCAGAGGUUGAAGCACCGUUCAGAGUCUGACAGGCGGAGCCCCGAAGGGGAGAGGCGGAGCCCUAGCGAGGACGAGGCGGACGAGAAGCUGUCGUCUGCUGAGAUCCACAACGCCGAGGACUACAAGGCCAUCUUCCAGCCAAAGAGCGCCAUCUCUCGCACUCCUCCUAAGAUGUCGGAGCCUUUUCCCGCUCCUCCAGAGGACGAGUCCAUUUUGGCGAUCAGCCGGCAGCUGAAGGACAUAAAGUCUCAUUUUCCUGAUAAACAGCAGACUAUCUUCGAACCCCAGAAGAGAUCUGACUUCAGACAUAUCAACAACUGGAACCGCUCAGACUGCUUGCGAUUUCGCAUAGGGAGCGGCCGAUUUCAACAGCAACUUGCGUCUCUUUCCUUAUCCGCAUAUCAUUCGACCCAGAUGUGUUAACCUGAUCCCUGCGAAACACCAGCUCUGCGUGGAUUUUGACCGCGAGUGACCGGAUGUUGUUUCCGGCCUGAGGUUGCCUGAAAUGCCGUGAGGCUCGUUUGAAAGAUUGCGCCCGAGACCAACUCCGCCUCCAAGGCAUGCCUACCUUUAGCUGCCACCAGUGAGAUAUCAGAGCCGGGCUCCACAUAUCCAAUCAGGAGCAUGAGCAAGACAGCUUUUGCAGACUCUCCAGAAAUAUACAAGUCCUUACCAACUGCUCUGCAACCCAGUGUUUCUGGUCCCCUCACUAACAUCGCUUUUUGAGAUAUUUUUUAUGAACCACCAAAAAAGCAAUUUUACCCCACAGACUGGGUCUGAGGGCAGCAGCGGGGACAAAUGAUUGUAAUGAAGCGACGGACAUUUCAUGGCUGGUCUUGCAUAAUCGUGAGUUAUUAUGUCAUAUGGUGAUAAGUACAUAGUUUUGCAAGAGGCAUACAAGCACUGUGGAAAAAGUAAUCAUAAAACUGUUUUUGUGAACACCCUACGUUAUGCUUUAAA